ACUCUAGCCAAAUUUUUUAAACAUUAACAAUCUGGUACCCUUUGAAUAAUUCUUUAAUGAACUAAAUAUUUUGAAUAGUUUUUUCUGUUUAAGAUUUUGGAGAUUUUAGUUUGAUGUUUGUAAUGUGUAAUCCAACAAUAUAAUUUAUAUAAAUUUUUUUUUGUAUUCUAAAAUGCAUUUGCCGGCGGGCGCCAACACCUUCCUUCAAUUUUUUUUUAUAAUUUUAACUCUAGCCGAAUUUUUUAAACAUUUUUAGUACUGUAACUUUAGUUGAAUAUUUUGUAUUGACUUGAAAAUUGAUAAUUUGGUGCCCCAUGAAUAAUCAUUCUUUAAUGAACUAAAUAUUUUGAAUAGUUUUUUCUGUUUAAGUUUCGGGACAUUUUAGUUUGAACUUCGUAAUAAUUUUCAAAUUUUAUAGAAUUGAGGAAAAUUUGAAAAACCGGUACUGGUUCCGUUAAGGUAUUAGUGUUUUAAAACAGUCAGUACUCAUCACUUUAGUCACAAUGUGGUAAAUCCUAGUUUUUGCACUUUUCGGAACGUUAUUGACUUAGUGACAAAAUAGUGAUAAAAGUUGAAAAUCAAAAUUAUAUUUUAAUACUACAUUAAAAACCGAACAGGAAUUUAACAAGUAAUAACUAAUAACGAGUAAGUAUAUAUAAUCAUUUUUGUUUUUGUAUUUUCACAAUUCCACAUUUAUUUGUUCUUAUACAGCGUUAGAAAUUUUUUCAGAAAUUAUUUUUUUAAUAUUUUGGGAAUUUUUUUCUGAUUGCCUGGUAGAUAUCUUUAAUGUUCUAUUGUCAAUCAAGGAUGAAAAAAAUAUAUAUAAAUUUCAUUAGGAGUUAUAUAGAAAAUAAGGCUGCGCUUUUUACAAUUGAUGGAUGUGGUCAGUCAUACUUUGACUGUGGCGUUAUUCCAGAAGUAUACGCAACUGUAGAUUUUGGAAUUUCAUCAAACGCUUCUCAAUGUUUUGACUUCAUGAGAAAGGUUCAAAAAGGAGGUCCACUAGUGAACUCAGAGUUCUAUCCCGGUUGGUUAACUCAUUGGCAAGAAUCAGUAUCUAUAGUCAACCCCAUCGAUGUUGUAAAACAAAUGAAAGUAAUGUUGGCAAUUAAUGCUUCGUUUAAAAUUUUCGGUACAAAUUUUGGAUUCACAUCGGGAGCGAAUACAAAUGACACCAAAGAAAGUAUUGGAUACUUACCACAGUUGACCUCAUACGAUUAUAAUGCUCCAUUGGAUGAAGCUGUAGACCCUACAGAAAAGUAUUUCAAAAUUAAACAGACACUUGAAGAAGCCAAAUAUGCUGUGACAAACGAGAUAUCACCAAAUCCCGCACCCAAAGGUGCCUAUGGAAAAUUCUAUUUAAGACCUUUGGUUAGCAUAUUUGAAAAGGUUGCUCAACGUAUUAAACCAGUGAUCAGUGAUGUUCCUUUACCGUUUGAGGACUUAGAUAUUAACACUGGUUUUGUAAUGUAUGAAACAACAUUAACAGAUGAUCAAAAAAAUGUUGAAAAUCCAGUAAACCUAACUGUGAACACGGUUAGAGAUCGAGCAAUCAUUUACCUGGAUCAAGUACAAGUGGGUACUAUGAAUCGGUUGAAAGCUAAUACUACAAUAAGCUUAAACAUUAACCGUACUGUUCAAAACCUAAGCAUUUUAAUUGAGAAUCAGGGAAGGAUGAAUUUUGGAGACUUAAUUGAAGAUAGGAAGGGAAUUUUUGAUCAAGUGAUUCUCGGAAAUAAAAUAUUAAGCCCUUGGAAAAUGACUGCAUAUCCUUUGAAUGGUACAUCAUGGAUUUCUUCAAUCAAAUCAGUUGAAAACGUCAACAGUGUUAAAUUACCAGCAUUUUAUAAAACACAGUUUACAUUGACAGUUAACUAUACAAAAUGUUUAGACACUUAUUUGGACACUUCAGGCUGGACAAAGGGUGUAGUGUUUUUAAACAAUGUAAACCUUGGUCGGUAUUGGCCACUUGGUGGACCUCAAGUUACACUUUAUGUGCCAGCUCCUUUUUUAAAACCAUCACCUUAUGCCAAUACACUAGUGAUAUUAGAACUUGAAGGUACAUCUCAAGAUUUGUCCGUGAAAUUUGUGGAUAAACCUGUUCUUGAUGGUCCUAUAAUGACAUAGAUAAAAUGUAUGUUAUAUAAUUG